CGCCCAGCCCCGCUCGCGCUGCGCGCGUUCGUGCAAAGGCCGGGGAAAAAUGGCGGCGCCCGUCUUGCGAGUGUCCACCCCUCGCUGGGAGCGGAUCGUCCGGCUGCUCGUAUGUCUCGCAGGGAUUCUACUGUCACUAUACGCCUUUCAUGUGGAGAGGGAGAAGAGCCGCGACGCCAGUUACCGCGCCAUGUGCGACCUGAGCAGCUCGGUCAGCUGUUCUAAAGUCUUCACGUCCAGAUGGGGUCGAGGAUUCGGACUGUUGGGAAGCAUUUUUGGGAAUGACAGCGCUGUAAACCAGCCAAACAGUGUCUAUGGAAUAUUCUUUUAUGUCUUUCAACUAUUACUAGGUUUGACGGCCAGCGCAAUGGCUGCCUUGAUUCUGAUGACCACGUCCAUCGUGUCUGUGAUGGGCUCCCUCUAUCUGGCAUACAUCCUGUACUUCGUCCUGAAAGACUUCUGCAUCAUCUGUGUCACCACAUACGCACUGAACUUCAUCCUGUUUGUGCUCAACUACAAGCGACUGGUUUACUUGAACGAGGCCUGGAAGCAACAGCUCCAAGCCAAACGGGACUAGACGGGGGAUGGGGAGGGGGUGGGGGGACAAAUGGGGGAAAAUGUGACCUCUGACAUUUGUGACUUGCCACCAGGAGACCUUGCUUCCAAACAAAUGUUCAUUCUGUCGUGUGUGUGUGUAAAAAAAAAAAAAAAAAAAAAAAAAUUAACAACGAAAGAAAAAUUGUAAAGAAAGUUAACAUUUUAGGGGCCAGAGUUUAUUCACAGGUUUAUUACAUUGCGAGGAAGGAUUUGAAAACGAACACACAUCGUUGUCCAUUUUUAUUUCUCGUCGGUUUUCUUUCUUGAGGUUUAGGCUGUGAACUUAUGGGAAAAACAAACAAACGGAAGAGACUGUCCAUUCCCUGAGGAAUAAAAUGAUGGAGAAAACAUGGAAAUUGCUUACUUGAAUCCACUGGGAGAGUCUUUGCUCGUUGCGAGCCGAACUUGAGCUUUCAGCGGGACUGAAUUUAAGGGUUUAUAAAGGGUAAACGUGAACGAUCAUGAGGUUAAUGUACCGGAUGCAGAGGUAAUUCCACACAUCAUUGAAAACGACAAAUAAAGUGUAAUUUUUUGUUUACAUUUUUUUUUUUUUUUGGAAGAGGACCACCCAUAAAACAUGAAAGAAUGUGAGCUGUAUGUGUGUAGAUCAGAUUUGUCUGUGACUACUUUUUUUAUUUGUUUGUUUUGCAGUUCUGUAAAUAGCUGCCAAAAGCAAAUCUCCAAACUAGGUUGUGUUUGUUUUACCGUUGAAACAUUAAAACAGAAAACAACAAAAGUCCCGAUCUACAGCAUGUCCGUCACUUCCAACAAGUGUUUAAAAAAACAUUUGUGGGUUUUAUUGGAAAAUUAGCAAAGGCAGACUGUUCUCUGUACAGGUGUUGUUGGCGAUUGACUCGUCUUACGGCGGUUUCUCAACCACAGAAUAAUGCUUCAUUCAUGUCCUGUUGGAAUAAUUGUAAUUACGAGAUGACAAAACCGAAAUUCUACUCUUAACUGUUCAGACUGAGAAAUUAUUAGUUUUAAUAGUAUUUUGGAUAACCAUUGAUUCUCAAUGUGAUAAUGCACAGUAAAUAUAGGAUUUCUAAGGAAAAAAUGUGCUAAAGUACACAUUAGUGUACAAUGUGUUUAACAGCGUGCCGUUUCACAAUAAAUCGCUCAAAUUUGAAAAAUGGCAUAUCGGAUGAAACUAGAGACUCUAAUGUUAUGACUCAAACCGGUUUUAAUGUAAAAACUUAAUAAGGUUUCUUACCCGAUGUAGUUUUGUUGGCGUUUCUCCCAAAGACAAACUCCGCUGUGAUUGGCACCAUGUUGUUUAGUCACAUGACUUAGUAUGUUAAAAGUUGAACCCUUUACUGACAACACAGAGUCUCCUGAACUGAGAUCAGUCAGUUUUGUUUUGGUUUUUUGGGGGAUUUUUCCCCUUUUUCUCCCAAUUUGGAAUGCCCAAUUCCCAAUGCGCUCUAAGUCCUCGUGGUCGCAUAGUGAUUCGCUUUAGUCCGGGUGGCGGAGGAUGAAUCCCAGUUGCCUCCGCGUCUGAGACAGUCAACCCGCGCAUCUUAUCACGUGGCUCGUUGAGCGCGUUGCCACGGAGACAUAGCGCUUGUGGAGGCUUCACGCCAUCCACCGCGGCAACCACGCUCAAUUCACCACGCGCCCCACCGAGAACAAACCACAUUAUAGCGACCACGAGGAGGUUACCCCACGUGACUCUACCCUCCCUAGCAACCGGGCCAAUUUGGUUGCUUAGGAGACCUGGCUGGAGUCACUCAGCACACCCUGGGAUUCGAACUAGCGAACUCCAGGGGUGGUAACCAGCGUAUUUUACCACUGAGCUACCCAGGUUAAACAAUGAAUUAUCCAUGACAAUUAGUUAUUAUGAUUCGAAAUUCCUAGGUGGUGUGAACGCAGCAAAAUUUUAUCAGUUUUGAUUGAAAAGGCAUUUGGCAAGAUGGUGCAUCAUCAGUAGACUCUGGUCAAUUAAUCUCUUCUCAAAUGUAUUAGCUCUGCUAUGAGUUCUCAUUGAGUACUUUUGAUAUCAGUUCAACAUCAAGUACACCGAUUUUAAGCAUUCCUUACUAAUUUAGACAUUUAGAGAAAAUCGAAAAUUGAGAGCUUUCACUCUCUCCCACGUUUGUUUACCAAGGGUUGAACCCUUGUUAUUCUGACUUUGGCUUUUUAGAUUUUUUUCAGUCCAAAACACUCAAAUCUCUGUCUUGUGAUAGUGUUGUGCAACCCUGAUGUGUACAAGCCACAUCAAAUAAGCUACAUCUAAACUUUUUACCCCACUGCUUUUCACAACUAUUCCAAUUUUCUUUCAAAUCGUUAUCUUUCAGUGUUCUGCAUAGACUUCUCCAGCUGGUGGGAUAGUCAGUCACGUCACCAAAUAAUGCAAAGAGAUGCAACAGAGUCCAAGCAUGCCAUUUUUGUCCCUCUUUAAGUUCGGUCUUCUGUAAAGUGGGCCUGUUGUAUCUUCCACCAACUGGUGUGUAUUGGACAUUGAAUUUAAUAUUGAAAGUUGUUACUUGUCGCUUGUCAAUACUGUAUUCACACAAAUGUGAAGUCAUGAUCUGAACUUACCAAUUUUCCAACCCUAGUAUUACACAAGACUAACUACUCGUCAUAGAUGAACAAUAUUAGUUUGAGCUUUAGUGAUUAGGACAUUUUCUGGUGGUGUCAUGCUAACUUGUUUCGAAAGGCUGUCUGUUGUGUGUUCAUGUACACUGAAAUAGUUGUAACAAUAACUAGGGCUGUGGGAACGUCUAAGUGACGAGUUGAGGUAAAGUUUGUGCUGUUUUUUUUUUUUUUUAAUUGAACGCAGAAAACGUCCCUAUUACCUGUCAAAUAUGAAUGAAAAGGAUGCCGUGAAAUAUCAAGAUGUAAACAGCUGUAAAAAAAAAAAAAAAAAUCUGAUUCUUUGUUUAGCCAUUCAGAAGACUUUGAAGCACUCUCUGUCUGUCAGUCACUAGCCGCGUUUCCACUAUCGGGCCAAAUGAGGGCGUGCUAGUUCAUGCCAGGGCCAGUUGCGUUCACUGUCACAUCCAGGGCUUCAUCGUGCCUCCUCUGGGCUUUCCCAUGGCCAAUGGCCUUUGUCCCGCCUAUUACACUUGGGCCAAACAAGGCCAACUGGGGACUGAGGCAGGUUCAAUGUCAAAGGUGGAGUUUCGCCGAAUUUGCCAGGUUCGGGAAAAAAAUCGAUUAAAAAUAAAUGCGGACACAGUACAUCCGUUAAAACGCCUAAUGGACAAAGCGAUGCUCAAAGAAAUUACUUUCCAUGGUUCAGUGAACUUACAUAGAUGGUGUGUUGGGACAUCGUCCCGCUGUUAGUGGAGAGACCACUUGGGACACCAUGGCAGUUACAGUCGGUGAGUUGUCAACGCUAACUGAUCUUGCUGUUUGCAUUCAGUAUGAACUCGAUAUUCUAGAUAACAUGAUACCUCAGCUUGAGCUUCCCUCUUGCUUGAGGUGUUGGCACUGCAGCGGCAUAUUAUGGGCGGGUUUUUGGGCAACUCUGCAGUGUUAUUGGCCCGAUGGCGGGAAUGCAGAUCGAUUUUGGUCUUGAGGCUCGAGGUCCCUGCCUGGCCAGUUGAUAGCCCUGGCUCGCAGCUCACAGCACCUUUAGUGAAGUUUAAAUAAAUGGAGUCGGGUUAGACACCAUUUUUAAUUUGAUACAAUUAAAUAACAAUGUAAAUGAAAGGUAAUGUCCAUCCAAUGCUAAACUGUUUAUCUCUUGGUGUCGAUCGUUCAGCUGACGAAACAUUCAAAUAAUAUGUCUGCCUGAAAAACUCCCAAUGGAUAAAAAAAAUGUGGUUUGUGAAAAAUAGACAUGACUUAAGAUGGUAUUGGAUGGACUGUUCAUCUAAUGCUUACAGCCUUGUUUUUAUUUGCAUCGUACUAAACAUGGCGUCUUCCCUAAAUAAUGUCCGUGGCAAGAAGAUGUUGAGUUAUGCCUAUACUUGAAACCUUGUGGCUUGUAUUGAGUGGCAUUGGUGAUGCUUUUGUGAAGCACAACUUGUGUUUGCUCUAUGUGGCUGGAAUUCUAAGCAAAUAUAAUUUAUUUCUGCCUCUUUAUAAAGCGUUAUUGGCCAAGCUGCGAUACCUCACAAGCUGAACUCAACAGUCAGAGAGAAUAAAACUAAAGGUUAUAGUUAGUUACACAGCUCCAGUUCUACAAUAGAGUUGAUCAGAUUUGUAUAUUACUGUCUGAAGUCUUGUGUUGUUAACAUCUGGUCGUUGUCAAAAGUAGUCUUGGUUUUCUAUAUUAUGUCAGCAGAAGAAGUUGCCAGCAACUCGCUCGUUUACAUGCACGAUCAUAUACCAAAUAUGCUUAAUAAACCGACAACGUGUGUGGUCAUGUAAACGCUUUUAUCGGCUUUCCUUUAUCGGGAUAACCAUUUAUUUACCCAUUACCCCGAUUUUGCAUUUUAUACGCCUUUUCUGCCUUCUGAACGGCUUAUCCGAUGUGCGCAAGUGUUGUGCGCAUGACUGUUUACAUUUUGCAGUCAAAAGCAGAGAAUAACUCGGUUAUUUCAAAUGUCAUGUAAAGGCUGGUUUUUAUUGCAUUGAGCAUGUUUGCAUACACCGAUUAUGCAUAAUCCUCCUAUGGUAUUGAAAAAGAGCACCUCCCUUUGGUAUUUGCGGUCAUUUUUGAUGGAAAGGAUCAGAUGUGUAACCCACUUUUCUUUUUUUUUUUUUUUUUUUUUUUGAUGACGAUAAUGAUACCAUUUCUUCCCUGAAGUAAGAACAAUAAAAUUCUGCAUUUCUUUUGGGAUUUUAUGCUAUUUUUAUCUUAUUUACAGGUAAAUGUCUAAAUGUGUCCAUUAAUUUGCAUAUACAAAAGCAAUUAAAAAAUAAAAAAAAAGUAAAAAUUCAGAACCUACACUUCUAUAAGUUGAAACAUGAAUAAAAUAUUAGAAUGUGACACAAAUUAAACCAUGUCAUGCCAGUAACAGCCAGUAGAUGUCAUUAGUCCCCUACUGUGUAGUCUAAUGGCUUGUUGUAACCUAAUGUUAUAUUUUAUCACAAGAUGUGCAUUUGGAUAUAUAUUUAGACAUUAUCAAACUAUUAUUUGUCAAAGUUUAGCAUUCUCAAAUUUAUUUGAAGUGUCAGUUUUUAUAGUUAAUGUCAUUAUGCUUGCAAUCAAACCUGACCAUGGUGUUACAAAGAUAAGCAUUUUUCUAACAAUAAUUUAUUUCAAACAUAAAAAUGUAAUAAGUCAAAGCAAAUGCAUAAUAAUUUCAACACAAUGAACAUCAAGAAACAGAAAUAAACUGCAAAAUUCUGAAAAUUCAAUUAGAGUAUAAAACAGAAGAAUCAGAGUAAACAUUUUGUAGUUUCAAACUUUAUAUAGUAAAAAGUGUGUGUGUGUCAGAUCAGUUGGAAACUACAGAUGACUUGUAAUGCCGACAAUGACCAAAAGAUGCUGUAGAGCUCCAAUUAUUGAUUCCCUGGUUCUGUGUGUGUUUGUGUGUGUGUGUGUGUGUUCUGCAUUGUGAGUGUGUUAUCGUCUCACCCCUUCAUUUCUAAAUGUGUGUGUUUGUGUGUGAGUGGGUGUGUAUGUUUUGCUAUGAGGAUGUUUUAGAGUCUCACCCUGUAAUUUCUGUCUUUAUUUUUAUUUUUAUUUUUUUUCCUGCAUUGUGGCUGAUUUAUUGAUUGUAUUUGAUAGAUCAAAAAAAAAAAUUUGCUCUUUUUGUCUUUCCCAUUCAUUUUCAAUGGUCGGUCAAUUUUGACUGUGAAUACCAAAGGUGUUGCUGUUUUAUUUAUUUAUUUAUUUAUUUUUUACGACCACUUAGACUUAUCGAAUCAAGCCCAAUUUUAUAUGUUCCGAUGGCAAAUGCAGGAAAAGUCACUAAGUCUUUUACUGCUCAGAUAAAGGAAACCAUUUUAUUAAAUGAGGAAAAUUUACCAUAGGAGGGUUAAUAAGCCGACAGCGUGUGAGGUCAUGUAAACGCAUUAAACGGCGUUCCUUUAUCGGUGAAAGGUCAUAAACGGUUUAAGAAUAAACUGAUCUACCCUGGUAGAAGGCGUUCUUACCGGUUUAUCUAAUGUACGCAAGUGUUGUUUGCAAGCCUCUUCAUGGUUUGACUUUAAAUGGUAUCUUAUUGUCUGGUUAAGGACAUGAACAGAUUUACAGGGUUCCCACACGUCAACGGUUGACCGUCAUUAAAGAAGCCCUGUACCGUACAUUCUCUGCUCAUCUUCUGUCAUCUCUACUUUGCUCCAAUGAAAUAGUGCAAGUAUUAAUAUAGUGAAAAAUAUAAUUUUUUCGCUCUAACAUUGCUGUUGUGUUAACUACAUAAACAUUGUAGAGUUCACAAACUGAGGUGGUUAACGUGGUGAUGUGGCCUUUACACCUCAGGAUGUAAAUUAAUUUUCAAUAAUAAAUGAAUGAUCCGAGUCCACUUAUACCGCAGUUACCAUAUUUAGGGCCCUAUGAUUUCCGCGAUGUGGAAAACUCUGUCGGAAUCACUGAAUCCAGUCAUAAAAAUGGCAUUAGCUACAUGUAUAAAACGUGGAAUGUCUUGGAAUUUGACAAAUUUGGAAUGCACAAAUAAUAAAAUUAUAAUUGCGAUAUGUCCUAGUGUGGUUUUUAAAAUGCAAAUGUCUGCAAUUGAAUUAAAUAAAUAUAUAAUCUGCAUGUGCUGUGUGCUUAAAUUAACGUGUGUAAUGAAUUCAGAAAAAAUAACCAUUAUAGACACCAUGACCUCUGUGUUUUUGGUUAAAUAUUACACCCUUUGGGCAAAUAAAAUGUCCUGGAAAGUUGUGUCUUGAAAAGAGUGGGAACCUUGCUUUAACAAAAAAAAAAAAAAAAAAAGAUCGGCACACAUACAUGUAACGUGGAUUUACAUGAACCGCGAUACAAUGAUAACGAUAAGAAAUCAGCUUAUUUUGAAAGUCCAACAACGAAUGAAACCGGUUUAAAUUAGAUUUUAAAUCAUCAGAUUAUUCUCUGCAUUUGACCUCUGAAUGGAUUAAAUUUGAUAAAUUGGUAAGGACGAUGGGAAAUAUGGUUACGUGCAAUGCAAAAUCAGGGUAAUGGUUACAAAUCUAGGAUUGUUUUAUUCUUAAGCCGUUUCUGACGGAAAACCGUUUGGGUGGGGUAUCAUCGUGCAUGCAAAUGCACACAUUAACUCCAAUUAAAGUCAUUCAUAUUUUACUUGCGUAAUGUGACAUUUUCAAGGGAAACAGGAUAUUCAAUGGGAAACAACUAUUGGGUGGGACUUGAUUUUAUCCAUCUGGAAUGGAUUGAAUGGUGAAAAGUAGACAUUCUGUACCAGAAUGGAGCCAGAUCUGAAAGCGAGUUUGCAGUUGUUUGUAGAGUACUGCUCCCCUCUUGAAACGAUUUGGCUAUUGGUUGGACUAGGUCAGGGUUUCUCAAACUUUUGCCCACUGCGACCCACUUUUUAAUGCCAGUCAUCCAUGACCGACCAAUAUUUGUAGCUUUGGUGCUUCUGGCUGAAGUUUUCAGAUGGUUCCUUACCACACCCUCCACAGUUUUAGCAUGUUUUAGCACAGUGUUAGGACUUUUCAGACGGUCCCUUACCCACCGUUUUGUUUUCUCCCCAAUUUGGAAUGCCCAAUUCCCAAUGCGCUGUAAGUCCUCGUGGUGGCGUAGUGACUCGCCUCAAUCCGGGUGGCGGAGGAUGAAUCUCAGUUGCCUCCACGUCUGAGACCAUCAGUCCACGCAUCUUAUCAUGUGGCUUGUUGAGCGCAUUACCGCGGAGACCUAGCGCUUCACGCUAUUCUCUGCAGCAUCCACGCACAACUCACCACGCACCCCACCGAGGGCAAGAACCACAUUAUAGUGACCACGAGGAGGUUACCCCAUGUGACUCUACCCUCCCUAGCAACCGGGCCAAUUUGGUUGCUUAGAAGACCUGGCUGGAGUCACUCAGCACGCCCUGGAUUCGAACUCGCGACUCCAGGUGUGGUAGUCAGCGUCAAUACUCGCUGAGCUACCCAGGCCCCCGUAAAUUAAUGAUCUUGAACGAUUUUGCGGUGAUGGCAUCGGAGCAGCUUAAAUACGGGACAAAUUGCAUCCCAUUUUGAUUCGAUACGGGACGAAUCAUUUCAUCUUUAAAUACAGGAUGAUCCCGUAUGGCUACUUGGUACUGCCGCUCUGAAAUGAUGAUGUCCAGAAAUGGGACUGCAUUCAGACCUUGUCCAAAAAGAUAGAUUCAUAGCAUUGAUGGAUUAUUGUAAUUGGACAGAUAAUAAUUACUACUUGCGGUUGUUUACGUAAACCUGGAGAUAUUAACACGAUUCAACGAUAGAGAUCACUGUUGCCCCAAACAUUGCAAAUGUACAGUUCUAUACUUUUAAUUGGUAAUUUGUACUCAUGACAGAAAAGAUCACGUGACCCAGCAGACAAUGAUCAGCAACCCACUUUUGGUUUGCGACCCAGUGGUUGAGAAACCCUGGCCUAGGUGACAUCACACAAAAAGGGAAGUCGUUUCAGAGGCGGAGCAGAUUAGUUUGAUGAAAGAAAACAUUUUUCUUUCCUAUUUGGAAGAACAUGCAUUGAUGAGUCGUGCACAACAAACCCAGGAACGUGUAUUAUUAAGCAAAGCAGUCGAUUUUGAUUUCAUGUUGACUUGAACAAGAGAUUUAAGGCUUUUCAGAGAGAGAGAGAGAGAAAUGCUUUAUUGCAUAUUCAUUUAUGUCCAAUAUGAUCCCCUUAAAAUGACAGAAAAGGUUGCCUUCACAACUUUAAAUUUCAAUAAAAGUGCCUUCUGUAUGUCCACUGGGCCUUGGAGUUUGGAGUAACUGUGCAGCCUUUGUUCAGAAAGAGUUCGGAUGUCCAAAUGCCUUUCUGGGCGUAAGUUCAGAGAGAUUGGUGAUGUUUAAAUAUCUGCAGUGUUAAAUACAUAUUGUCUCACAAUUGUUGCACACUUUAAAACAAGCAAAAACAAAACCAUUUGUCUCAUUAAACGGUUUGAUUGCUCCUGCACUCAUAUUUGUAUUAUUUCUGAAUAGCCUAGUGUCACUUUUUCUUUCCUCUUUUUAUUUUCUGGUGUAAUUGUGGGGUGCGUUUGGAUGUGAAACAAGCCCCUUUAGAUGUACAGACUGUUAACAUUAUAGCAUAUUUUAGUAUAUAAAGAAAAUACAAAAAACGGAUGAACUGGAGAUUCUGUGUUGGCAUCAGUUUUUAUUUCUAAACGCACCUUUUUUGGGGAGUUUUGUGGAAAAUAAACUGUUUAGGUUUGCUUCUGUAUUUGCCAAAUAUGAAUUUAAGGAAAAAAAUGCUGUAUUUUCUUAAAUGGAUCACGUGUAACGAAGGAAAAGAAACAGAAGAAAUCUGUUAUUUGGGAAUCAGCGCGGAGGAGACGCCACAGUGAACAUUAAAAAGCGUGUCAUUGUUGUGUGGAUUUGGUCUGACAUUAAAACAUUCCCCCAGA